GACUUGCUCAGGCUACUGCACAAGGAGCCCGGGACCUGGCAGCGCGCCUUAGAGCCGAAGUGGCUCAUGAGGUAUCUAACACUCUGCGACAGCACCUGCCCCAAGGUCUUCCGUAAGCAGAAAGGAGCGGCUGGCACCGAUGGCUGGUCGGGGGAUGAAGUCAAGCAUUGGUGCCCGGGUAUGAUCCGAAUGUACCGCGACCUUGCGCUUAGGCUGGACCUUGGGUUCAGGGGGUACCUCAACUUUGAGAUCAUCAUCAUCGACCUCCAUGGAAUCGGGAGCGGGCGGGUCCAGCUGGGUCCCAGCAGGUGCACCUUGGCGGCCUUAGCCUGGGCCAUAGCAGCCUGUAAGUACGACAUCGCUGGGGCGUCUCCACGCGGUAUCAAGCUCAUGGACCUUAGCAAGUUCCUGAAAGGCGGAGCAUUCCUGGAGGGAGGCGAAGGCCAAGUUACCUUGGGGGGCUUCUCCGAGGCCACCAUUCAGCGGAAAUUCUCCAAGGGGCUCCAAGCGGCGCAGCUCCGUGAGUCCGAGGGCUUCUACCACGUUGUUGACUGGUGCUACGACUUGGCGCAGGGCAAUUAUCGUCGGAAGGCAGGUUAA